CAUCAGUUUCCGCGUUCUGCGCCGGGCUGCAGCUCUCCGGUGACGGCCAGUCGGCCACUCGGACUGGGAGAACCUGCAUGUGCUGGCGGAGGGGUCUGCGGAUCCAUAAUUCCAGUUAGGGAGAGUUCUGCUGCUCCAAAGUCCAACCCAAGGUGGCUACCGGAGAAUGAACGGUGGUGGGUCUUGAUCAGCGUUGAGAAGUCGUGUAACGGAAAAAACCGAGCCGCCCCUAGCUCCUUGCAUGCCCCAAGAAGGGAAGCUGUUGUAGUUCAUCAAUGGUGGGAUCAAGCAGCUGAUCGCCGGAAUCAGUCCCGCCACCGGAGAAUACGAAGUGCUGGCACCGUCUCUCUGAGUAUCUCUGCUUCUGCUAGGUCGGGGCUGCCCAGAAACCUCGCUUUCUUCUUAUGGAAGGACAGAGAGGAAAGCUGAUCCGUGGCUUGGUGGACUCCAUCCCAACCUCCCAUGGGCUGACUCUUGACGUUUGGCAGGCCAAGUCACCUCACCCGCAGGAAAACAUGAACAGUAGCCAGUAGGAAGGUUUGUUUUCGGGUAUUAAUCUUGCCACAUUUUUAUUUAUGCGUCCUCCACCCCAUGUUAUUUUCAAUUGUAUCAAAGGUAAUUUUUAAAGACUUCAUUUUUUCCAUUAUAAAGAGAUGGGUCUUCCAUUUAUGUAUUGGGAGCAUUUCAAUCAGUUUAACCAAGAACACAUGGGUCUCUCGUCAGUUUAGAGGCGUUUCGUUUAUGUUUCUCGAGAAAUAAAAUGUCGUUUUCAAACAUGGUGAAACGAAAGGCCGGAAUUGUAAUCCGGCCCCGAGGAAUUGGAUUUCCAGUCCAGUGUUUUAUUCGGCCCGCUAGGGCACCGCCAAAAAAAUUUCGCGCGUUUCUUCUCCUCUCCCUCUUUCUUUUCUCUCUGCUCGCAGCAUCACUGCUCACUCGCGAUUGUUGCCACCACUCUUAGCCUGCUCGCUCGCCAUCAUCAACUUCUCGCCGUGACUGGCGGCAACAGGAAAUUGGCAGAAAUUUUAAUUAUUUGGUGACACGGAUGUUAGGAUGGAGCUGUCUAGAGCAGAUGGCCGUUCUCAAAACCAAUUAAGGCCACUUGCAUGUUCAUAUAGUGUACUUCAUCGUGCUCAUGGCUCUGCACGCUGGUCGCAAGGUCAGAGGUUUAUCUGCGCAGUCUUUUUUUGCUUAGGGGAUACAAUCGUUUUGGCUGCAGUUUACGGGCCAAAAGCUGGGACAAAGAAGAAUGAGAACCCUGAGAGAGCAUCCAUUGAGGUUAUAUGGAAACCAAUGUUUGGACCAAUUGGAAAAGCAGAGAAGGAGUGUGAGAUGAUACUCAUGCGAACUUUGCGAAGCAUUUGUCUUCUAAAUGUUCAUCCAAAUACAACAACAUCAGUAAUUAUUCAGGUUGUCAAUGAUGAUGGAGCUCUGCUCACAUGUGCCAUAAAUGCAGCAUGUGCUGCUCUUGUUGAUGCCAGUAUACCUUUAAAAUAUCUUUCUGUUGCAGUUUGUUGUGGUGUAACAGACAAAGGACUUGUGAUGUUUGAUCCUACCAAGAUUGAAGAAGAGGAAUUGCAAGCAACAGUUUGUUUAGUUUUCCCCAGCUCAUCUAAGUUGGUCUCGCCUAGUGGUCAUUUAGUUGAAAAUGAACUUAAGGACAAUGGAAUAAUUACUUCUGUUACACAUGGCCAAGUGUCAGUGGAUAAUUAUUUCAAUUGCCUACAAAAAGGCCAAGCUGCAAGCUCCAAAAUUUCAGAAUUCUUGAGGAAAUCUCUGGAUCAGUUGCAGAUUCCAUCUAAUCUUCCGAAAGAAUCUUAGUGCUCUGGCCACUUUUGGUUUGUGUAUAAUAUGCCGCUUCCUUGCUCCUUGGCAAGGCUCAGCUUGGCAAAAUAUCUAUACAGCAGGAGAAUAGACUUGUCGGCGAGGCCAAUUGAAUGGGCAUGUGCUUGAAGACAUUGAGAAGAUGCUAUUGUUUGGUAAAGCUUUUGUAGGUUAAGGAUCAUAAAUUUGGUUGAAUGACUCAUAAGAAUUACUGACUAUCUUCGCGAGGAAGCGGAUGGAGAGUCGGAGACUCUUGAAAUUUUUUCCCUUCCCUUCAUCUUGAAGGAUUUUGUGUAUUCUAAUCUUUAAAUAUUAUUGACCGACUUCAUAGUA